AUGCGGUCUGCACCCGAGGACUUCGAGUCUCUCCCUCCUGCAGUGAGACGAAAGUUCUUCUCGAAUGUCGAGCGCUUGCGCAUUCGGUUAGCCCAGAGCGAUCAUGGUUCCCCUGCGGUCUCCACGCCCAACUAUCAUCGGGCCUAUCGAUCCAAUAUUCGCCUGGGGACCGUCCACCCGCGUGUUCGGAUCGACUCGUCCGUAAGGAGGCGAGCCCUCAAGCGUCCUGCCUCUCCCCAGAAACUCCGCAAACCCGGCUCUCUCCAUCUGGCCUAUUUGGCCACCCAAGCAGACUCGCAAUGCUUUCAUUCUCUUCCCGUUAAGGUCCAACAAAAACUUUUCUCCCGCGAAGAACAGCGUCGUCUGCGGCUCGCCUACCGCUGCAGUAUCAUCGCCGACGCCGCCGACGAGGCCUGCUAUCGUCGGGAUUGGGACCGGUUCGGCCGCCCGUCCACCGACUCUCUUCCCUCCGAGGCUACCUUGCCCGUGGCUCAGCCAUCGACGGUGUUCUGGGAGUCGGACGACGACGACUUCGACUUGAUGGACCAAUCCCUCUACGACAGCGUCCGGUGGCUCGAUGGGGAUGGGGACCUCGACCUGUCCCUGGAUGAGUACCACGCUCAUGUGGCGGAUGCCGCCGUCAAACCUCCAUCCCGGCGUCGUUCAUCCUUUCGCCGGUCGUUAUCUCUGACCACCAACCCCUUAAGACGCCGACCAUCGGCAUCCAUCUCGCGCGGACGACCCUCCUUCAGCCCGUCCGUUCAACCCCUCGCCCCGCUGGCAAAUCCCUCGGCCUCACACCCUGUGUCUCGUCACCGUCUCAUUCAGCACGGUCCCAAGUCGUCCACCUCGAGCAUUGAUCCCACCGCACAAUACUAUCAAGACCCUGAUGCCCGGCUCAAGCUGCGAGUUUACCUGGCAUCUCCUCAGAAGUUUGAUGAGGCAGUCGAAUUUGGGUUCCCUGCCUUGGAACAGGACCAGAAGGAAAAUGUUGCCCCGGAGCCCAGUCCUCCGCCGCCGGCUCCGGUGACCCCAGAGUUCGCGGGCACAUUUUUCGAGGAUGACGAUGGAACCAUCGUGGGAAGUCCCGGGGGUUCAAUCGAGCAUGACACAACUCCCCGGCCAUCGACCCAGCUCCCAGAGUUACCCCCGGUUCGAGAGACACCCCGCUCAUCCAUGGACUCAUCCCGUCGACCGCGGCGUCAAUCCAUGCUACCGGGGCCCAAGACGAUUGUCCCCCAACGGUUACCCGGCAAUCGGGAGAUGACCUUGAAAAUGACGUUGACUCGACCCGAUCUGCGCACGGAAUCCCCCACCCCGUCAGAAUCCUCCAAGGCAGAUCCUCUGCAGCUGGCCGCACUACCGCCUGCAGACCGUCGCCAGCACAUCUGGGACACUGAUCUCGAUGAGCAGGGUGUGGUAAAGAAAAUGUGGCGCAAGCUCCGGCGGCGGGCCUAG